UCUCUUGGGAUUGGGUGGUGUCUUCUCUUUCUUUCUCUCUCUCUUUUUGUCUUCGACUGUUCGAAGUUCUUCUUCUUCUUUCUUCUUCUCUCUUUUUAUCUCUGUGUUCCCUGAUUCAGUCACAUCCACAAUCUCUCUUUUGUAGGGGUUUUUUAAAAAAGUUUAUCAUCUCAGACACAAGAUUCAAUCGGAUGUAAACAACAUUUUUUUAUCUUUUUUUACAUCACAAACACACACAAAUCAAUGGCUGUGUAUUAUCCAAACAGUGUCGGCAUGCAAUCUAUGUAUCAUGAAUCCAUUUACCUCAACGAACAACAACAACAACAACAACAAGCUUCUUCUUCCUCUGCUGCAUCUUUCUCCGAGAUUGUCUCCGGAGAUGUUCGACACAACGAGAUGGUGUUUAUCCCACCAACAACAAGCGACGUUGCCGUCAACGGGAACGUUACUGUGUCAAGUAACGAUCUGAGUUUUCACGGUGGUGGUCUUUCUUUAAGCCUUGGUAAUCAGAUCCAGUCAGCUGUCUCUGUCUCUCCGUUUCAGUACCAUUACCAGAACCUUUCGAACCAACUGAAUUACAAUAAUGCUUCUACUAUGUCGUCGGAUGAGAAUGGGAAGAGCUUGAGUGGUCCUCAUCAUCAUCAUCAUCAUCAUCAUCAUCAACAACAACAACAACAUCACUCUGACCAAAUGAUACCUUCCUCUGGUUACAACAACAACAAUGGUGUUGGAUUCUACAACAAUUACCGAUACGAGACAUCCGGGUUUGUGAGUAGCGUUCUGAGAUCUCGUUACCUUAAACCCACUCAGCAGUUGCUUGAUGAAGUUGUUAGCGUCAGGAAAGAAUUGAAAUUGGGGAAUAAGAAGAUGAAGAACGAUAAAGGUCAAGACUUUCAAAAUGGGUCGAGUGAUAAUAACAUUACAGAAGAUGAGAAACCGCAACCGCAGUCGCAGGAGUUAUCUCCUUCAGAACGUCAGGAGUUACAGAACAAGAAGAGCAAGCUCUUAACCAUGGUGGAUGAGGUAGAUAAAAGGUAUAACCAAUACCACCAUCAAAUGGAAGCUUUAGCUUCGUCUUUCGAGAUGGUAACAGGUCUUGGAGCAGCUAAGCCUUACACAUCUGUCGCUCUGAAUAGAAUCUCUCGCCAUUUCCGUUGCUUGCGGGACGCGAUAAAGGAGCAGAUUCAGGUAAUUAGAGGGAAGCUUGGUGAGAGAGAGACUUCUGAUGAACAAGGUGAGAGGAUACCACGUCUUAGGUAUUUAGAUCAACGGUUGAGACAACAAAGAGCUUUACAUCAACAGCUUGGAAUGGUUAGACCAGCUUGGAGACCACAAAGAGGCUUACCUGAAAACUCUGUCUCUAUACUCCGCGCUUGGCUCUUUGAGCAUUUCCUUCACCCAUAUCCUAAGGAAUCAGAGAAGAUCAUGCUUUCAAAGCAGACAGGACUAUCGAAAAAUCAGGUUGCAAACUGGUUUAUUAACGCGAGAGUUCGACUAUGGAAACCAAUGAUCGAAGAGAUGUAUAAAGAAGAGUUUGGAGAUUCAGAGUUAGAGACUAACUCUAAUCAAGACAACAACAAAAUGCAAGAAACUUCUCAGCUCAAACACGAAGAGUCUUCUUCGCAACAACAGAAUCAAGGAAACAACAACAACAACAACAUCGCAUAUACAUCUCAUGGAGAAGAGAAUCUCGUGUUUGCAGAUCCGAAACCAGACCGUGCUACCACUGGAGAGUACGACAGCUUGAUGAACUAUCAUGGGUUUGGUAUUGAUGAUUACAAUCGCUACGUUGGCCUUGGAAACCAGCAAGAUGCCAGAUUCUCUAAUCCCCAUCAAUUACACGACUUUGUUGUCUGAAAAGCUUCAGGGCUUUUUCACAACCUUUACAAACUGGCAAUGCCGGUUAAUUGGGGAGUAUGAUUCUUGAAGCGCAAGAAAACGCGCUCUUCGCAUUUUUAUAGAUAGGGGUUAUAUAAAUACACCUUAUACGUAUAUCUGUAAUAUUUGUUGUGGCAUAUAAAAAAAAGAAGAUAGAUUUUGUGAAAACUGUAGGUGUUAGUCUUCACAUUUGUAUAUGAUACUGAGCCUUGUGUACACUUUGGUAAGCCAAUAUUGUAAUGUUUUGUGUAUACACUUCAUGGUGGUAUAAACAAUACUUUCAAGUGUGAGCAAA